AAGUCGGAUUGGGAAAUCAGAACAGAAGCCCUACAACCGCGAAAAUGGUCAAAGCCAGCUCUGCAUCAAUUGCUAUUCUUGUCCUGAGCCUGCUGGCUCUGAGUUCGGCAGAGCCUCUCCGCCGCAGACUUUCAGCCCGUCAGGAGGAGGCUCCACCAAGUCCUUCGCCCACGGGUUAUCCUGAGGCGGGAAUCACGCCCAGUGUUCCCUUCGAUCUGCCCAGCUCGACCGCCAAGCCGGAGAACACUUACCUGCCACCGGAUAACACCUAUGGACCCCCUGAUAACACCUACGGACCACCAGACAACACUUAUGGGCCACCUGAGGCCGACUCCGUGCCAGUGCCCGAAUCCGAGCCGGAGCCACAGCCCGAGAGUCCCAUCGAGACUGAUGAUAUUCCAGAAACUGAGGAAGAGUCGGUAGAUGGUGCCAAGCUGCAGCCCGCCGAUGCGGAAGCGGAGGAGGAUGUGCCCCAGUUGGUGGAGGAUGAGGAUGGCACAGUGAUCGUCGUGGCCAGCAGUCUGGAUCAGCCUCAGCCCGCCCAGAACGCGCGCCUCUACCAGCGAUUCCCCCAAGGACGGCGUUACCGACAGCCCGUUCCCCAGCGACUGAUCCUGCGUAGAAGUUGGUAGACUUCAAGGAGUGUUUCAAGAAAUCAAAAGACUCGAAUUUAGAAUUUGGCGACUUAAAGCUUACAAUUAAAUCGUUAAGACAAGCAAUAUCAAAUUAUUAUGUGACCGAAAUAAUACAUUUUGUUAAUCAACUAUUAGAGACUACAAAUUGAACUAAUUCGAAAUCCGUUUUUUUCCGUUACAAUAAAA